AUGGCAGAGUGUAUCAUGAAAGAUGUCGAUACGAACAAGGAUGGAAAAAUUUCCGUGGACGAAGUGUUGCAGGCCAAUGGGUUCCCGAAAGAAUAUCAAAAAUUUAUCGAAGAUCUGUUUAAAAAAGAUCGGAGACUGAUUGCUGACGCGGUGAUGCACGAAUGUGAUUUGAACAAGGAUGGCAAAAUUUCCGUGGACGAGGUCCUACAAGUGAACGGUCUGGAAGGACAGGAAUAUCGAGAGUUUAUAGAAAAGAUAUUUAAAAAGUAUGACGCGGACGGAGAUGGUCAAUUGAAUUACGACGAAUUUCUGGCAUAUUUGGAAAAGGAGGGGAACUAA